ACCUCCAAGGUCUCACUCUAGGAUUCUGUGAUUCUUUUGCUGCUGACAUUUACUAAAGGCAAGCAAACACAAGAUCUUGGCCACGCGAAUAUUCCUAGGUGGUUUGUUAUUUCCUUUGAAUGAAACAUGGUUGGUGCUAAGGCUUGUUUGAGUUUCUGUGUCCAUCAGUGGUCUUUGCACUGAGUAUUUUUCUUACUGUAAUUUAACCAAACUAGUAACUGAGCAGAUAGCUCUUUCCAUGUUGGUGAUGACAGAUCCUAACUUCCAAUCUUCCUAACUUCACAAAAAAUGCUCCCAGGCUUCCAGUAUCAGGCACCAUUAUUUUUGUUGGUCAUUUGACCUCUUGAUUUCGUCCAGAUGGUGGAGAAGUUAGGUGGGAUAUUGUAAAUCUGCUGAGUAGUGAAGAAAACAAGAUAUUUCAGCUUAAAGAACUAUAGAAACAUGGUGGAGGAGACAGAUCUUGAAAUAUGGCCAAAGAAGGAUUCCUGGUUGGCCAAACACACCUGCAGUCCCCAGCUGCUAGUUCUGAUCCUCAGCUUUCAAUGCUGUGUUUCAUGUAAAGGGACUUUGUUGUGGAGAGCUUGGCAGCUCUCACACCCUGGUCCCAAGAUGAAAUAUGCUUCUGUAGGAUAAGCAGCUUUCCGGUGAUUCUUAUUUACCUACUCUCUUUCCUUCAGGUUCCCCUCAAAGACUUUCUAGAACAAGGACAAGGCGUGAGGAGGCCAGCAGGAUGUCUGGCCUGCUCUGGCCUGAUGUGUCUCAAUUGUAGCUGGCCCCCUCCUACGAAGAUUUGCACCACCACUCCAGUGAUUGAUCUCUGGGAGCAGGUUUUCUCAACUGCUCUGCCUCAGUUCAGAAGCAGAAGCUCUUAUUGUGGAAAUCCCCAUUUUUUCUCCCCAGCAUGUCGGAAACCUGGUCUCAGCAGCCCCCACCCCCCCAGCAGCCCCCGCAUCAUGGUGCCACGGCUGCCCUCCCAGAGCACCCCAUCCCGCCAAAUGCGGUCACUGAGAAUCCUUUGGGCUGUGCUGUCUAUGGCAUUCUCCUCCAGCCAGAGCCCAGUGGGCUGCAGCAUCACACUCCUAUCUCCGCCAGCGGUGGAGGGGAGCCCUCUCCCAAAUGUGGGGUGUGUGGGCAUGAUCUGUCACACCUCUCCAACCCUCAGGAGCACCAGUGCCUACAAGGAGGCCAUGACCGCUCCUUCCAGUGCACUCAGUGCCUGAAGAUUUUUCAUCAAGCCACAGACCUCCUGGAGCAUCAGUGCCUGCAAGUAGAACAGAAGCCCUUUGUCUGUGGCGUCUGCAAAAUGGGUUUCUCCCUGCUCACCUCACUGGCUCAGCACCACAGCGUCCAUAACGGCAACACAGCUGUCAAAUGCUCCAUCUGCGAAAAGACCUACAAGGCAGCCGCGGCCGCUGCAGUGGCAGCUCCUGAGGACCCCCCCCCGCCACAGCAGCCAGCGGCCCUCAACCGGACUCCCGUGGAGAAGCCAUACAGCUGCUCCAUCUGCCAGAAGCCCUUCAAGCACCUCUCGGAACUGUCGCGGCACGAGCGGGUGCACACUGGGGAGAAGCCCUACAAGUGCAGCCUCUGCGACAAGAGCUUCAGCCAGUCCUCGCACCUGGUGCACCACAAGCGCACACACAGUGCCGAGCGGCCCUACAAGUGCACCGUGUGUGAGAAGGCCUUCAAACACCGCUCCCACCUGGUGCGCCACAUGUAUGCCCACUCAGGCGAGGCCCACCUCUUCCGCUGCAAUGUCUGCGAGUUGCACUUCAAAGAGUCCUCAGAACUGCUGCAGCACCCCUGCACACCCAGCAGCGAGCGGCCUUUCCGCUGCGCGGCUUGCCACAAGACCUUCCGGCGGCCUUCAGAUCUCCGGCAGCAUGAGCGCACCCACAGCACGGAGCGCCCCUUUCAGUGCGACCUCUGCCAGAUGAGCUUCAAGCAACAGUAUGCACUCAUGCGACACCGCCGCACCCACAAGGCUGUGGGCCCGGCCCCUUCUGCGGAACAGGAGACUGCGCCGCCGGCUUUCAAGUGCUCCUUAUGCGAGAAAGGCUUUGUGCAGCCCGCCCACUUGUUGUAUCACCAGCACGUCCACGGCAUUGAGAACCUCUUCAAGUGCAACGCCUGCCAGAAGGGCUUCAGCCAGUCUUCAGAGCUGUUGCGCCACCGCUGUGUCCAGAGCGCUGAGCGGCCUUUCAAAUGCACCGCCUGCAGCAAGGCCUACAAGCGGGCCUCUGCCUUGCAGAAGCACCAGUUGGCCGCGCACUGUGCUGAGAAGCCCCUCCGCUGCACCUUGUGCGAGCGGCGCUUCUUCUCUUCCUCGGAGUUUGUGCAGCACCGCUGUGAUCCUGCCCGCGAACGGCCCCUGAAGUGUCCGGACUGCCAGAAGCGCUUCAAGUAUGCCUCUGACCUGCAGCGCCACCGGCGCGUCCACACGGGGGAAAAGCCGUACAAAUGCCCCUCGUGCGAGAAGGCCUUCAAGCAGCGGGAACACCUGAACAAGCACCAUGGGGUUCACACACGAGAGCAGCACUACAAGUGUAUGUGGUGUGGUGAGCGCUUCCUGGACCUGGGCUUGCUGCAGGAGCACAGCGCGCAGCAUACCUCUACAGAGGGCACUUAUGCAGUGGCUCCCUGCCUGCCCUGAGCAGUUUUCUGCCGAGCACAGUGCCCGUGCCGUUCUAGGGCUGGUCUCGGUCUGCCAGAAGAGCGCCCUCCAUUGUGCAGACCCGACAUGGAGUAAAAUUAGCCACAGGAGUUAGGGAGCUGUGCAGUGCCAAGUCUGAGUUGGCCCUGGCUUGCUUGGCCACGGAUGGAAAAACCUGCUCUCUGAGCCUCCCAGCUGCUGGCCACCUCCUGCCAUGAUUCCAUGGCGUUUGCAGAGCAAAAGGCUCUCUCCAAAAUCAAGCCUUUGCUGCCUGUGAAUGAGGGAGCAGGACUCUGGCAAGAGCGGCUAAGAAGGGGGCUGUGCAAAAGGGCUCGGAAGGCAUGCAUGCCAGGCUGAAAUGCCUCCUCUUGCUCAUUGCCCAUACGAGAUGUUCCAGCAGGCAGGCCUUCUGUGGUGGUUUUGGCUUCAGUAGUCCACCACCAUUGGGACUGGAUUUCCUCCACUCCAGCCGUUGGAAAAGGCAGCAGGAAGGGCAUGGAGAAAAACUCGAUUUAUCUAUUUAAACAUAUUAUAAAGCUAGAGCAGACCCCCAGCCCCCUCCCUCCCUCCCUCCCUCCCUCCACAGUGGUAUAAAUAGACAGGCUUCUCUGUGUAACUUCUGAGAAAUGUAAACAUUCAAGACAGGGUUCUUACUGACAUGCAACUAAAGAGCAUGGGCAGAAAAAAUGAAUUAAAACUGCACUGCUGGAUCUGC